GCUUUGGCAAACAAGACAGAACUGUCAUAUCAUAUGACAUAUCUUGGGCCUGCAAAGUUGUUGGUAAAUAAAAUAUCCAAACUGCAAUUUGCCGAGACAGUACAAUUAUAGUAAAACUAGCGAUUGUAGAGAUUUGAAGUUGAACGCAAACGAUCUUUUUCUGGAUGUUCACAACUUGUUAAAAGUAAAUUUCUCCUUCGGAUAAGAGCAAUUGCAAUGGAAACAGCAGAAAGUUUAGAAAAAGACCAAGACGAGCAAGAAGAUGUAGCUAGUACAUUAUCACACGAUGAAUUAUUGGAGAUCACACAAUCUUCUCUUGCAACAUUGAUGAGUACAGAUGAAUUACUGAAAGAUCUACCGAAUGAUAUAAUUAUUGAAGAAAUUUUAUCACAGAUUGCUGUUGAACAUGGCCAGUCAAUAACAAUUUUUAUUUCAAGGGAAACUGAACCCACUUUAAAAGUUAUUGUUCCUCAAAAUGCAACAGUAAAAAGUUUAAAGAAAGCCAUACAAAGACACUUUGAAAUAUACAUGAAAAGAUCAGGAAUAAAAACUAAAAUAUCAUGGAGGUAUAUUUGGAAGACUUACAUCUUAAAUUAUGACAGCCUCCUUUUAGACAAUGACAAUGCUUUAAUACAAGACUAUGGAGUAACAAACAAAGUAACACUGUCAUUCAAGAAAAAAAGAUGCCAGAAAGUAUAGUUUGUAAAAGCUUUUAUUAUGUAUUAUUUCCUAAACAUAAAAUUUUACUUGCACCCCACGAUAACAUGUAUAAUAGUUGAUGUUUAUCAUACAAUCUACA